GAUACUAAGUCAGUGUUAGCUUGCAGUAGAGCUUCUUGGUGAAAUUUCUUAUGUCUAGUAUCUUUGAUCUGUUUAUCUUGAUAUAGUUGUAUUGACAUAUAUUUGACAAAUGUGGCUGCUAAAGUUUUGAAGAGACUCAAGAGAAGGUUUGCGAGUACUGCAUGAGUAGGCCCAAAGAAGCUCUGGCUGUAGUGGAAUCUGUCUGGGCCACUGGACACCAGAGGUCAGAAGCGGUGCAUCCUGCAGUAAAGAAGGUGUUGCAGGAAGGCUUUUAACUAUACAUGUGUAGAAGGGAAUUUUCUAUGAGAAACUGAGCAUCUUUGAAAUUGGUAAAAUAGCUCCACUUAACAACAAAACAGCAACUUUACUUUGGAACAUUACUGUGUGAAGGAGAGAAUCUUAUUUCUUUUGGGAUUUGAAGUGAAGGAUUUCAGGGCCUUGAUUUUUGCUGACUCAGUUCUGAAAAUGAGGAGACAUUACAAAGGCAGUCUUGAUAAAAAAGCUGAUCUCAGGGAGGAUCCAACUUUGAUUACAAGGGGCAUCAUGGCUGAACCAGACUACUACGAAGAAGACAGUUCUGAGCUGGUUAAGCCAAAAAGGCUUGUAAAUCCUGUGAAGGCUUCCCGGAAUCAUCAAGACCUUCACCGAGAGUUACUUAUGAACCAGAAAAGAGGUCUUAUCCUGCAGAACAAGCCAGAGCUGCAGAAGGUGAUGGAGAAGAGGAAACGAGAUCAGGUAGUGAAACAGAAAGAAGAGGAGGCGCAAAACAAAAAGUCAGACUUGGAGAUUGAGUUACAAAAACGUCAACAGAAACUAGAGCAGCUUGAACUGGAGAAACAGAAGGACAUAGAAGAGCAAGAAAAUGCUCCUGAAUUUGUGAAGAUGAAAGGUAACUUAAGGAGAACAAAGCAAGAAUCAGACAUGGAAGCCCAUGAUUCUUAGAAGCAUUCGUGUUGAACAGCAUCAGUAUCUGAAGACACUGAUUCACACAGGUGCAAAGACUGUACUUUUUGGGAAUCCAUUUAUAUGGUAUUGUUGAACAGUCUAGGUGCCAUUUGUCCAUCAGAUUUUGCUGCAGCCCUUUAUGCAGACCUGUUGUACAUCAGAGCAUUUAAGAUAUACCUGGACAUUUCACUGUAUAAAGAACAAUUUCAGAAGGAACUCAGGAAACUAAAGUGGACUGUAUAAUUGACAACCUUCUGACUGUUGCAGCUUUUGAUACUUUUUUUUUCUUGUGGACACUGGAUGUCAGGGAUCCUGCACUGCUCUGUUGAUGCAGAUGAGCAAAGUGCAGACCCGUAACUGUGGUAUUAUUAUUGUUAUUAUUAUUAUUACUGUUCUUAUCAGAGCUGUUCUUUCAUGCAAAUGUUUUGUGUAGUACUUGUUUCUUUUCAUAUAAAGUUAAAAAUACUUAAUGCCCCCCCUAUCCCUGCCCCCCACCGAUUGCUUUAGUUUUACAAGUCUUGUUGCUUCUACUCACUAGAUAGGUAUGAUGCCUAGAAUGUGUAGACUAGCUUGCAGAGUUUAAUUCUGCAAAGUUGGUGUCUUGUGUAGCAAGUCCUGGAAAGAAAGAGAAGUGGUGUUUAGUGGUGUGCAAUAAAUUGACUGUCAAGUGCUUGAAGUGCCCUUACUGUUUGCCAUCCCAAGACCCAAAUAUUUUUUCCCUGCUUGAUUAAUAGUAUGAAGGGUAGACCUUAAGAUAUUUUUAUUUACUUUAUUUCCCUUCCUUAUCGCAAUACAGCUGUGAAAUUGUCCCAUUUUCAUUGAAAAUGUUAGUGUAUUAUUUUUAAAUGUUGUGGUCUUCCCAUCAAUGCAUAACUUCCAUUUUACUUCAGUAUAACAGUGGAGUGACCUAUUUCUUGACCUGCAAACUACUUUAGGUGAUGAAUCCACAGUCUGUUUGGUUGAUUGUGUUGUAAAGUAAAAAUAAUGUUCAUUAUCGUGAGCGCACUUCAGCAUUUGAGUUUUGCAUACCACAUCCCGGUACCCUCUCAGUAAAUGAUCAGGCAACUAAAGUACUAUCUCAUCUUAGAAACACUUUUUAGACCAAUAAAAACAAUUUCUCCCAUCAGAGGUUCUGAAUACUUUAUAUACUUAUUGUAGAAAUUAUUGUACCGCCUGGUAAGUUGUUUCUGAGUCAGCCAACUUUGUAAGUAGAUAUAGUAUUAACUGCAGAAGCUGGUUAUUUCUGUGUUCAUUUUUUAUCAUAUUGCACUGAUGCAUUUAAAAGAAUAGAAUGAGACAAAGUUCAACACUGGUUAGUAAUUGUUGCCGUCAUGAUUUGUAAAUGUGUUUGAUGUGUGUAUUAACUGUGGUAAACACAUUUUAUUGCACCAGGAAUACAGAAAUUACAGCACUAGAAGGACAAAGGUGAGUUCUGUCAUUAUCAGAACUGCAAGUCAAAACAGGGGUAUGGCCAGAAGUACAUUUUUUCCAACUGCUACCACACAGUUAAGACGUGCAUAUCUUCUCCAGCUGUUGCCCCCAUUAAAAAUGCAGUUUUUAGAUAACAGAUUUCUGUGAAGAAGCUAUAUGUAAAUCUGUGUUAUAAACAGAAAUUUACUUGUAUGAAGAGAUUUCCUAGAGGUUUGCAGUUGUCAAGUUGUAGACCAUGACCGCACAAGUCACAAAAAAUGCAUUUUAGUACUGAUGCUUAAAAAAUGAAGGCUGUACCUAAACUUGCAGAGUGCAUUGUUAUCUGGAGGUCAUUUUACUGCUUGCAAUUUUCUUAAUGUUACUGAAUGCAGACUUGGAACAAGUAAAUGUGUAAUAUGCUUGAUUUAUGCCAGUCAGUCAUUUUUUCCCCCUAUGUGGAGGCCUUAAACUAUUUUCUUAUGAUUUUUAUUGCAUUAAGAAUCUAAAUUUUCUGUAUAAAGGGUGCCACUAUUCCAUAACCCAUAGAGCCACUUGAAGAAACAUAAUUUUUAAUUUCUACAAUAAAGUGCAGUGCUGUUAAUUGUUGCAUACA